AUGGAGGGGAGGAAGAAGGAGAGAGUGAUGGCCACCGCCGUCUGCGUGCUCGUCAUCCUGCUGUCGGCCCAGCGGCUGCCGGUCGGGCUUGCCGACCCCACGUCGCCGUUCUGCCAGUGCUACCUGGGCUGCUUUGGGUUUGACCCAGAGUGCAGUGGCGAAGGGUGGCAGAGGUGCCAUGAUUACUGCUGCGCCAUAGCGUGCCGCUUCCCUGGGGACGCCGACUUCGACAGGGUGUGCGAGGGGUCCGGUGGGCAGCAGACUUGCGGCACGGAGGCCCCCGGCUACGAUACUACUUCUACUACUACUGCUGAUGACGCUGUGGUCAAGGCCAACUACUGGAGCGGCGGCCACGGCAAGGCCAAGGCCAAGCACGGCUAG